AGUGAAUACCGUGUCAAAGAAAAGCAACAAUCACAGCAAACAGCACAGCCCGCUUCUGCCCAAAAACCUCAACCUCAAGUUGAGGAUAAAUUUAUACCGUAUCCUAAGGUAGAAGAGCCGACAUCGAGCCAGAAGAAGCGGCGCCAAAGAGAAUUAAUCGAAGAUAAGAAGAGAAAAAUCGCUCAGGGAUUCUAUCAGCCAUACUCCGAUCAGGAUGACACGUUGAAGGUUGUGGCCAGCUUGAAUGUGGAGCACACAGAGGAUAGCAGGAAAAUUAUAAGUAACAAGCAAGUGAGGAAUGGCACGAAAGAUGGAAAAAUGGAAGGCAUCGCAAACAGAAAAGCUCCGAGAAACGAUGGAUACAACGAGAAAACUGGAAGCAGUAAAGAAUAUCGAGACAGCCCAGAUAUUCUAAGAAGCCAGAAAAUCCAAGUAGUCAGAGAUGAUGGAAGCCGUUGUAGCAGAAGACUUUUUUCCAACGUCGUCUCUUCCACUUCAGUCAACAACUAUCAAAUGAAAGUAAACGGGUUAACACCAAAUUCGGCGAGGUCGUACACAGUUAGGGAAUAA